AUGGACACCAAAGACCUUCCCGCCACAUCGCGCACCUGGUUCGUCAAGGCGCUCCCCACAGGCCCGCUGAUCCCAAAUGAGCACUACGAGCUGCGGACCGUGCCACUGAUCGCGCCAACAGCGGGGCAGAUCCUCGUCAAGAUCACGUUCGUCCCCUCCCACCCUCCUCCCCUCCCUCUCCCAGCUGACCAGAAAACCGGUAGCCACAUCGCCGUCGACCCGACGAACAUAAACUACAUCAGCGCGUCGCCGGCUUUAGCCGGUGAGCGCCUAUACAUCGCACAGAGGCUCGUAGGCGAGUCCGUACUCGCCGGCGCCGCGGGAGUAGUGGUCGCCUCGUGCCACGACGGCUUUGCCGUUGGCGACCGCGUGGGCGGCACGUGGGGGUGGAGCGAACACGUCCUGCUCGAUGUGGGGAAGAUGAAAUUGCCGUGGGCGGAGCCGACGAGGAUUCCGCAAGAUGUGGAUACCGAGGCGUGGUUAACGCUUGGGUUGCCGGCGAUGACGGCGUACUUCGCGCUCAUGAAGCUGGCGGGCGCGACGGCGGAGAAUUGUAGGACCAUGGUUGUGUCUGCGGCGGCGGGGGCGACGGGGUCGACCGUCGUGCAGCUGGCCAAGAACGUUCUCGGCAUCGAGAGGGUUAUUGCGCUUGCCGGCAGCGACGAGAAGUGCCGCUUCUGUCGCGAGGUGUUGAAGGCCGAUGUUGCGCUUAACUAUAAGGACCCCGAUUUUAAGGCACAAUUCGUUGCCGCGACGCCGGAUUAUGUGGAUAUUUACUACGACAACGUGGGCCCGCCGAUCCUGCCGCUGGCGAUCUCGCGGAUCGCGUACAAGGGCAAGGUGGUGGUGUGCGGGGCCAUCGCGGCGUACCAGAGCGCCACCGACAUCGCGGCGAUCCCGAUGUCGUCGUACAUGACGAUCUGCUACCAGCAGGUGGCGGUGCUGGGGUUCAUCUUCACCGCCUGGGUCGAACACAUCCCCGAGGCGGCAAGGAUGCUCACCGAGUAUGCUAUGGCGGGGAAGAUUGUUCCCGUCAAGCAUGUCGUCGAUACGACGAUUGAGGAGGCUCAUAUGGGACUUAAUAUACUGUUCGCGGGACAGAAUCUGGGGAGGCUGAUUUUGAGGCUGGCGGAAAAGAAGGAUUGA